CAAUUCUCAAUUCUUUUUGAGCAACCAAAAUAAUUUUAGUUUUUUCAAAAGAAUUCUUUUAAUGUGUAUAUUUUUCCUUUUCCCCCUUUUUCUACAUAUUUAUUUUUUUUCCCUUAAAUCAAUUUUUUGUCAUAUUUAUUACAGUGUAGUUUUCAUCAUUUAUUUAUUUGUUUGUUUUUUUCUUUUGCAUCAUUAUUUACAAAAGAAUAUUGGCAAAAAAAAAAAUUUUUAGUAAUAUAUCAAUCAAUCCGUUAAAAAUGUAAAAA